AUGUCCAAUUUGAGAAAGAUAGCAAAGAAUAUGGGUCUUUCGGAAGAAGAGUGGAGAAGAGCCUCACGAAUACAACAACAACGACAUGGCUCGGAUAAGAUCAUGCAUGAGAAUCAUGAGUCCAUGGUCCUUAAUUCCGAGGUGUCAGUAUCAUUAGGCUCAGAACAAUUCGUAUCAUCGGAAGCAAAAGAUCAAUAUAUGAGAUUUCUCGAUUAUUCUCCUGAAACGAAACGAGUUUUGGAAACUUUUGAAUUAGAUACCAACAUGAGUACCAAUCCACAUGUCAAACAAUAUUUUAAAACCGAUAAAGAAGGGAAUUGUAAAUUGAGUAUACAACCACAAUUUUUGCAAAGGGUGGAACAAGUGGAUGAAAUUGAGGGAGUUUUAAUUUCAUUUCAUCCAGGGUUUUUCUGUAUUGACAUUGUUUGUUCGUCUUUGAAUGUUGGAGUUGUGGAUAGAGCUUUUGAAAAAGACAUUCAAACUGGUUGGAUUCGAGUCGUUGUCAAUGACGAAUUUGGAAAGGACGUUCCUUCAAACUCCUCUGAAGAUGAAGAAGAAAUGAGUGGAGAAGGACUUUGA